AACUUUCCGUACGGUAUUUCAUUAGUAGUACUUUAAACUCAAAUUUAGGGUGCUGUUCAUCAACUAAAUAUAUUCAGCACUUUUUGCAAAAAUUUAGUCGAUCAUUUCUAGAGUGCAAAGUUAGAAGUUAUGGAUAUGGAAGUUACGGAAAUAAAAAGACCAAAUAGUUUUUCAAACAAGAGUGGUAAACGGCCACAAGUUUCAAAAAGAUAUAGCCGAGAACGAUGCUACAGCUUUGGCUCUCGACCUUCGAUUGAAAAACUAAGAGAUAAUUUCGUGGAUCAACCAAAAAUGUCGUUUAGGGUGGUUCGUAGUUCAAAAUUUCGCCACGUUUACGGGCAGGCGUUAAAAAGGGAACAGUGUUACGAUAAUAUAAGAGUGUCAAAGAGUUCCUGGGACUCUACGUUUUGUGCUGUAAAUCCCAAGUUUUUGGCCAUCAUCGUAGAGUCAGCUGGUGGAGGUGCCUUCAUAGUUCUACCUCACAAUAAGGUGGGCCGCAUCCCGGCUGAUCAUCCACUAGUGGGCGGACACAAGGGCCCGGUGCUGGACAUCGCAUGGUGCCCACACAAUGACAACGUCAUCGCUAGCGGCUCUGAAGACUGUGUCGUAAAGGUAUGGCAAAUCCCUGAUGGUGGAAUAUCAAGAACGUUAACGGAACCAGUAGUAGAUCUCGUGUACCACCAGCGUCGAGUCGGCCUCGUAUUAUGGCAUCCCAUCGCUCAGAACGUCCUACUCACCGCUGGAUCAGACAACCAGAUUGCGAUAUGGAAUGUUGGUACUGGGGAGGUGCUACUCAGUUUGGACUGUCACCCGGACCUCAUUUAUUCAGCUUGCUGGAACUGGACAGGGUCGAAGCUAGUUACAACGUGCCGUGAUAAGAAGAUCAGGAUAAUAGACCCAAGAAAGGGCGAGGUAGAGUCGGAAGCGAUAGCCCACGAGGGCAGCAAAGCCUCCAGAGCUAUAUUCUUAAAACAUGGCCUUGUGUUCACGACUGGUUUCAGCCGAAUGUCGGAGCGUCAAUACACACUUCGUACCCCGGAUGCGCUCAAUGAGCCCAUAGUGACUGUGGAGAUUGAUACCAGCAAUGGAGUCAUGUUUCCACUAUAUGACCCUGACACUAACCUCAUCUAUUUGUGUGGAAAAGGAGAUUCUGUUAUCAGAUACUUUGAGGUGACACCGGAACCACCCUUCGUACAUUACAUCAAUACGUUCCAAACGCCAGAUCCCCAAAGAGGUAUCGGUAUGAUGCCCAAACGUGGAUGUGAUGUCGCUACCUGCGAAAUUGCUAAGUUCUACCGGCUCAAUAAUUCCGGGCUCUGUCAGGUGGUAUCGAUGACGGUGCCUCGAAAAUCGGAGCUGUUCCAAGAAGACCUCUAUCCCGACACGUUGUCUGACGAAGCCAGCCUCACGGCUGACGAGUGGCUCUCAGGAGAAGAUGCAGAGCCCUGUACCAUGUCUUUGAAGGAACGAGCGCUUGUCGUCCAGGGAGGAUACGUGAGUGGCCGAGCACAACAGCUAACUGUUACUAAAAGAACCAACGCCCUUGCCACCGGAAAGGACAGAGAGAAGGAAAAAGAAAGAGAAAGGGAGAGGAGAAGAGAUGAAGAAGACAAGGAUAAUAGAUCACCGACACCGCGAGUGGAUAGUCACGCUGGUACGCCUGCGUCUGCUACGCCGCCACCUACGAAUCCUCUUGUUGAAAAGCAACUAUCCGACUUAGCCGACGAGAUACGUAAACUCAAAUCGGUGGUCGUAAAGCAGGAAAACCGUAUUCGCGCGCUGGAAGCGACGGUAAAAUCUUUAAUACCACCCAUACCUUCACCUGCCCCUGAUCAGCCAGACCACAAUCACGAAGAGAAUAUGGCGCCCGAUGAAGUGUGAGUGACGCAGGUUAAACGUACGUGUCAACUCUGACAGAUGUCAGUUGUCAACACGCAACAUUUGACAAGCUGUAUUUCAAGACGCGAUUUUAUAGACUAAGCACUAGAUAAUCCAAAAUCUUAUGAUAUUAAAAUACCGUGCCUUUGUGACUAAGAGUUUUUAGGAAUUUGUAUUAAGUUUUGACAUAAUUAGAUUAUUUAGUUGGCUUUCCAACAUCGCGUCUUGAGAUAUCAUAAUUUUAUUGUAAGUAAAUAAAGGAGGGAUUUGUAUUAAAUGUAUCAAAUCUCAUUAAUGUGGCGCUAACUUGGUCGCUAAUUGUGAAUUAAGUAAUAAAAUAUUCUAAAUGAAUGUAAACACAAUGUGGAUCAGUUGAUCAUUUAUGGUUUUUUGAGUGCGAAAAGCAUAGUGCAUUCAAAAAUUCUGAAUCGAAAUUUUUACGACACAGAUUAUUGAUUACUAUAGUAUAUUUAAUGUUGCUGUUCGCGUCAUUUUAUUAACAAUUUAUUUGUGUAAAUCUUUUCUAAUGAUUUCUAAAAUGUUUUAUAGUUAAGUUUCAAACGAGUUAUGGUAAAGCUUUAUUUCUUCGCAAAAACCUUCAAUAAUAAAACUACCACGAUGGAAACAAAUAGAAGAUACACUAUUGAAAUAUUUUUAAUUGCUUAGUCUUUUUAUAAUGCUUUGUAAUCAAUAUUAAUAAAUUUAUUCAAAUUUAUAGGAUAUAAGUUAAAAGAUGUUUAAUGUGCCUUAAUAUGUUAAUUUUUCAGUCACAAAAAUUAGGAAACAAUGAAAUAUACAUUUUCUGCCACUUACCCUUAGGCAACACUAAUAAAUAAAGUAAUAAAAAUUAUUAAAUAUACUUUUUACCGUCAUCGGUUUUUUGACAGCUAGUCAUGUCAUUUUGACACAUGACACGUUAAUGUUGAUGGGUGACCAUCUAAGAUUAAAUUCGACUAAUGAAAACCGUUAUAAUAUAUGAUCACCCAUUUGUGUUGUCACUGACGACAGCAUAGUAUUAUAGUCUAAAUUAAUUAGUAUUAUAACUGAUUAUUUUUUUUACUUUUAAGAUGGCGUAAUUUAGAUGUUCUAUUUUAAGAUCAUGACAAGGCAAAGUAUGGUAUAGAUUAUAUGAAAUGCUUGUUUUUAAGUAUAAGGUUAUUAUUUGUGUAAAUUAUUAUAUGUCGUACCUCGUAUGUGAAGCUUCAGUUUUCAAUUAUAUUUUUUUGUAUUAUUUUGUUUUUAUAGCUUUUUAAUUGUGUAAACGCAGGAAUUAUCGAGCUUUGUGUACUUAUUGUAAAUUAUAUAAUUGCUUAUUGUGCCCGAACGUAUGAUUGCAGGGUCAUAAUUACCUGUUCUCCCCUUGCAUUAUAAGCCCAUUUUAGCAUAUUAAACUCUUGCUAGGGAGAGAUAGCUAGUAUUUUCGUAGCUGAGGUAUACAUUUACAGUUAAUCCACUGGAAUUUAUGAAUUGUGCCAAAUGAUUAAAUGCUUAUUAUCGAAUUAAUGGGGCUUAUCGCUUUUUAUAAUAACUACUUUCCUGAGAAUGUGUAAAUAAGAACCGAUUUAUAGAAAAAUACUAAGAUUUAAAAUGAAAAUAGUAAAAUAAAACGCACAAUAAAAAAUAAAUAUUUAAUAUGAGGUGCCAAAAGAUGUUGAACUAUUCCUCUAUUUUAAAAAUCGUCUAAGUUGAAUAAGGGUGCAUAAGCCUUAGGGUUGCCAGUAUUUUAGGUCUUCCCCCACGUUAAUAAUAUCUGAUUGUAAAAUAAUAUUAAGUCAUGUAAAUACAAUCCUACGCCGAUUUUAAUACUUUUUAAAAUGUUUAAUUAUAUAUUUCCUCAUAAUGUAAGUAUUUAAAAAAAAUUAAUGUUUUAUAGUUAUGACCUUAUUCAAUGUUCUUGAUUCAUUGUUGUUUUCUAAAAUGUGGACCAUUGACAUUUUUUAUUGUACUGGCCACUUUAUGUUGGCUAAUUGAAUGUAUCUAUUGACAGUAUGUGAAGACAUUUUACAUAGUAUGAGAAGAGCUAAGUUUAAAAUCCAAUUAGCCUUUAUAAGGGCCACAUAAGCAUUUGUUAAAUGGCAAUACUGGUGCUAAUUGUUAUUGACGUGCUAUUAAUUUUCAACGUAAUGUUUCUGUAUUAUUGUGGAUUAUUAUCUAUGAACUUUGUAUUGCCAUUUUUUAAUUACUUUGUUUUAUUAUUGCUUUUUACCAGAAAGAAAUGUUAAAAUUAUUAUAGUGUAAAUGAUAGCAUUAUAUUAAUACAUUUAAAUAUGUCAGACCAAUUCGAAAUGAUGUGCCUUGUUGGUUUAGGUAAAUACUCAAAAUGUUGCAGUUAUGUAAGUUGAGCUGAAAUAAAUGUCUAUUUUACUAUUUUCA